AUGGCUAUCCGCAGCCGUGCCGACCAAAUCGCCGGCGUGGCGUACACGUUCCUCGUCUUGUCGACUAUCGCGACGUUGCUGCGAAUCUACUGCCGAGCUUGGGUCAUCAAGGCCUUUUCGCUCGACGACUGGCUUGCCGUGGCUGCUCAGAUUCUGUUUAUUGUUUUCACGGCUUACGAGCUUGCGGGCGUCAGCUACGGGACAGGCCGUCAUGUCGUGGAUAUUGAGCCAGAGAACCUUCCCAAGGCGAUGCAGAUGUGGUGGACGUGCGAGCCCCUCUACGUCCUGACCAACAUGUUCAUCAAGGCGAGCAUUGCCCUCUUCCUGCUCCGCAUCUGCGUGGAUAGGGUGCACAAGAUCAUCAUCUGGACCGUGACGGGCAUCACCGAGAUCUACAGCUUGUUCUUCUUCCUCCUCUUCAUCCUGCAGUGCCGGCCCACGUCGCUCUUCUGGCUCCGCGUCACCGCGAACCCGCCCUCGGGCAGCUGCCUCGACGCCAAGGUCGUUUCCGACGCCUUUUACGGCUACUCGGCCAUUAGCUGCCUGACCGACUGGACCUACAGCAUCCUUCCCAUGUUUGUCGUCUGGAACCUCCAGAUGAACAGAAAGGUCAAGCUGUCCGUCGUGCUCAUUCUGGCCGCCGGUACCAUCGCCUCGACGGCCACGAUUGUACGUUUCCCGUACCUCCACUCCUUGACGGAUAUCGACGACUUUCUCUAUUCGACGUCCGACGUGGCCAUCUGGUCCACGGUCGAGACGGGCCUGGGCAUCACCGCCGCCGGCUUCGCCACACUCCGACCGCUGCUCCGACGCUUCUUUGGCGGCUCCUCCGCGCACGACACCCCCGGCGACCCCUCGGCCGGCCCCUGGCACCGCACGGGGAGCGGACACCCCAAGGACGCCUACGGCCGCGGCCUCAGCAGCAGAAAGGGCCAGGAGGGAUACGAGCUGCGGGACAACGAUCCCCAGCGCAAGGACUACGGGGUCACCACCGUCAUCCGGCAUGGCGACCAGUUUGGCGACGUCGACAUGGAGAGCCAGAAGAAUCCCGGCAUGGACGAUCUGGACUCGGAUCCCCACGAUUGGAGUGGCAGUGACCAGGAUCUCACCAGCAUGGAGCAGAAGAGGCGGGUCGACCAGCCGUGGAACAUUACUGUCGAGAAGUCCGUCGUCCAGACGCGGAGCUAA